UCUGGGGUUUUUCCUGCAGGAGAGAUGUUCAUGUUUUGACAGUAAAGGGGACAAAGAUCUUGUGGUUUCAUUUGAGUGGUUUAAAGCCCACCCUAAAGUUGUGUUUUUAAUAAUGUUUGCAUUGAACACUGUGCGGAUUGGGGCUUUAGUGCUUAUGAAGAAGAAGAAGAAUGUUUAUAAAGCUGUCACAUGUGCAAGGUAUUGUGUGGCUACCUGCUUACCUAAGAAGGACACAUGGCACAGCAGCAUGGACUUUAAAGCACUGGGGAAGGAAAGGUGGCUUAUGUGCUCUACUAAUCCAACCAGGAGUUACUGCACAGGUCAAGUCAAACUGAACUGCUGGAAUUGCAAAAAGCCUCUUAAUGCAACUCCUGCAUUCUUCUGUAUGUCAUGCAAAGUAAUCCAGCCUCCAGAAGAAGAAGAUGCAUCCUACUUCAAAAUAAUGGAUUGUGACCUCAAAUUCACACUGGACACACAGAAGCUGCAGAAAAGAUACUUGCAGCUGCAGCGGUCUCUACAUCCAGACAACUUCAGCCAGAAAUCUGUGAAAGAACAGGAGUAUUCAGAAAGCCACUCGGCUCUCGUGAACAAAGCAUACCAGACUCUGCUUAAGCCUUUGAGUCGAGGUCUUUAUAUGUUGGAGCUGGAGGGGGUGCGUACAGAAGAGGGCACCGACUCUGGAGCCGACUCGGGGUUCCUAAUGGAGCUGAUGGAGAUCAAUGAAGCCCUUGAUGAAGCACAGACUCCAGAGGAAGCCAAUAAGAUCGGCAAAGACACAAAAGGGAAACUGGCAGUCUUGACGGAGGCGAUAGACGCUGCCCUUCUUGAAGGAGAGCUUCAAUCUGCCAAAGCCCUGCUUGCCCAAAUGAAAUACUAUGCCAACAUCGAAGAGAAAGUAAAGGAAAAACUUUCUGAAUUCAUGUAAUCUCCCCCCUCCCCCCUAUUUAAUGUCACUUUAUUUAAUAUAUUUAAUUAAAACAACAGUUUUGUACAGAAGCACACAAAUUGUUGCACAUUUAUCUUGGGAUGAUGUAGAUCGAUUGUUGAAUUUGAAUAAUAAAAUCACUUGUAAUGCGUCAUACACAACUGAAUUAAUGGUUAUUAGUGCUUAAUAUGCCAUUUUUUUAAAUAAAAAAACUGUACAAAUACGAGGGUGUAAUUGGAUGCAUGCAGUAUCUCCCUUGAAUUUCACC